GCGAGUUACGUAUAAUCAUACUACCCCUGAUAAAAUUGAUAAGUUCUUGGAAACAAUUAGCCAAUAAAACGUGUACAAUUAUUGCACUGUAAGCAUAAGUGAAUUUGACAUUCUUUAGUUUGACUUUAUUUUAUUUUUCCAGUUAAAACUGUCUGGAGCUGAGUAUACAAUUAUUUACAAAAUGUAUUCGCAAAGGCAAAAAGUCUUCGACAAACGAAGAAGAAUGGAGGAACAAGCUCACAUCGCAUCCGUAAAUGUGGCAGAAGAACUAGCCAGAAAGGAUCAACAAUUGGAACGGUUACGCCAAGCAUAUCUAGAAUUGCAACAGCAAACACAAGAACUACAACAACAACAGCGUAACCCGGUGUUAUAUGAUACACAAUCAAAUAAUGCAAAAGACAACAUUUUAAAAACGAUAAAUCAUCUACCCAUUUUCACCGGCACCGGAGAAGUAACGGUGAACAGCUUUUUUAGUAGCACUGAAUACUUGCUGUCAACUAUACAAGAUGAAAAUAUUAAGAAGGAGGCCAUAAGAACAAUAUUCUAUAAAAUAAUCCAGGGACAAGCUAAAGACGUCAUAAUAAACAUACCCACACCGGACAACUGGCAACUAAUCAAAGAGACUUUAAAACUAAGGUAUAGACCGAACGUGGAACCACACAAUAUAUAUAGGAUGAUAGCCAACUUAAAAGUAAAUUCGGUAAGUGAAUUAAUAAUAGAGUUGCAGAAUCUAAAAUAUAAGGCAGAUGAGUUAAUAGUUUAUUACCGAAAUGACCACUAUAUUGACUUAUCAAACGUGGACAGUCUUUUAGUAAAUACAGUUAAGGAAAUGACACAAGGUACACUGUUAGACAAAAUUUACGAAGAAAGAAACAUUAAUGAUAUAUUAAAAAUAUUGACAAGAAGGAGAUUUGAAGACACAUGCAUUAGGCCAGAAUAUAGGAAGUUUAGGACUAAAGACGACGUAACAUUUAGACAAAAUCGGUCGCAAAAUAGGAAUAAUUUUAAUCCGCAGAUUAACAGUAAUAACCAGGGAUAUAAUCAACGGAAUUGGUUAGGACAAAAUAAUUUUAGGUCGGAUAUUAGACAAGAACGAAAUAAUAAUGAUAAUAAUAAAACCUAUAAUAAUAAUAAUAACGAUAACUAUAAUAGGAAUAGAAACUUUAAUCAUUCAGGACAGUAUAGAGUCCAACAAAAUAACAGUUAUAAUAAUAACUAUAAUAAUAGGAAUCAAAAUGGAAAUUUUAAUCAUUCAGGACAGUAUAGAGUCCAACAAAGUAACUAUAAUAAUAUGUCGGGAAAUUUCAGAAGGUUUCAGCAACAGGUAGGAAACCCUAGGCCAAAUUUCAGCCAAAAUCGCUUGAAUCAACCUAGGCAAGACCAGCAGGAACCUAUGGAAAUAGACAAUAUAGAAGUAGAUAAUUAUCGAGUAGUAGGAAACUCUGAACCAAAUUUACAUCAGGAUAAUGGACAAGACCAAAGACAAAAUAAUUUUUUUCGGAAACAACCUCCGAUUGUUUACCUACCAUAACCAUUACGAUUAAUAAAAGGAAAUAUAAAGCUUUGAUUGAUACAGGCGCAAACUUAAGCCUGAUUGACAGUAAGGUAAAAGAUUUUGAACGAGUUUUACUAAAACAACCUAUAGAAUUUAGCACCAUAACUAGGAAGGACAUAAUUAAAUUUGAAGUUAUAACUGACGCACCUAUGGAAUUUAACUUACCAAAUUAUACAAAAUUAAGUGGAAAAUGCAAGAGUUAAAAGGAAGAAAGUACAAUUUUAUUAUAGGAGUUGAUUUACUAAACCAUUUUAACACGAUGAUAAAUUUAAUAGACGGACACAUAACAUUUAAUAACAAGAUUACAAAAUUUUUAAUUAAUCCAUAUAAGGAUUUGGAAAUAUGUUCAUUGGAAAAACUGGAAGUUGACUUGGACAGAAUUCAGUUGAAUCAUUUAAAUGCAGAGGAGCAUUUAGAAGUUACGAGAAUUUUAAGAAGAUUCGACAAAAUAUUUUUUAAAGAAGGGGACCAAUUGACAAGUACAAUGACAAUAAAACAUGAAAUAAGAACGACAACAAAUGAACAGAUAAAUUCCAAAUUAUACAGAUAUCCGCCACAACAUGAAGAAGAAGUACGACGACAGAUCAGGGAAAUGGAGGAACAGGGCAUAAUUAGGAAAAGUUGUUCAAGAUAUUCAAGCCCAUUAAUAGUAGUACCCAAGAAAAUAGAUAAUUCUGGAGAGCGUAAAUAUAGAUUAGUGGUAGAUUAUAGGAAGCUUAAUGAAGUGACGAUCGAUGAUAAAUAUCCACUACCGAACAUAGAUUCAAUUUUAGAUAAACUAGGACGAGCACAAUAUUUUACUACCUUGGAUCUAGCCAAGGGAUACCAUCAAAUUCUAAUAAGAGAACAGGACAGAGAGAAAACAGCUUUUGUGACACCUCACGGAUUAUAUGAAUUCAUAAGAAUGCCGUUUGGGUUAAAAAAUGCCCCAGCGACAUUCCAACGAUUAAUGAAUGAAACACUAAGAGAUUUCAUUAAUAAAACAUGUGUAGUUUAUCUGGACGAUAUACUUAUUUUUAGUACUUCUCUUAAGGAACACGUUAAAGCCAUAACGGACAUUUUCACGGUAUUGGAACGGGCAAAUUUAAAAAUACAAAUCGACAAAUGUAAUUUCAUGAAAAGAGAGACAGAAUUUUUGGGGCAUAUUCUGACAAAGGAAGGACUAAAACCAAACCCCAAUAAAAUUAAGGUUAUUCAAGAAUUAGAUUUACCUAAAACAGAAAAACAAAUCAAAAGUUUCCUGGGAUUAACGGGAUAUUAUAGAAAAUUUGUGAGAGAUUAUGCUAAAGUCGCACAGCCAAUAACAAAAUACUUAAAGAAAGGUGUAAAAAUAAAUUUAAGGGACCCUACAUACAUAGAAGCUUUUGAAAAAUUAAAAUCUUUAAUUAGCUCUCAUCCAAUUUUAAGAUACCCAAAUUAUGAAAGACAAUUUACA